GCUGUUCGUACCAGUAUUUAUGGUCGUCCAGGUGUGUCUUAUAUCGACAUUCCAGGUGAUAUGGUGCUUGGAACAACAGAUAACAUCAGGUUUGUUGUACUUGUGGUCCAAUCACAAAGCUAGGUUUGUACCACGUGACAUGAGCAUGAAAUAUAUCACCGAAUCACCCCCUACGUCGUUGUGAUUGAUGCAGCGAAUGAUUUUGAUCAUAACACCCGGGUAAUAGGGAUUCGCGAUAACCACGCGAGAGCACACGCAAGCUUGACUCAGUGAAGGAAAGCGGGAACUGAGAGUGCAGAAGAGUGAAAAAUGUUUACUUCAAGCAGAUCUAGAUGAUGAACUAAGAAUUUCGCUGAACUCCCCGAACAGAGGAUCUUUUAAUGAUAAUCGCUAAAUUGAUUAGAUUAAUAGAAUUCAGGUUACGGUGGUUACCCAGAGGUGGUUAAAAUGUUUUCUAGUUAUUGUGCAGAAAUAUAGAAUUGGUUCAGAAUUUUCGAUCUUUAUUGUAGUGUAACUCCGGCUAGUUUGCCACCUCCAAAAGCCUUGGCUGAACCAAGUGCUAUCCAGCAAGCUUUAAACGUCUUGAAAGAAGCAAAACGACCGUUAGUUAUCAUAGGAAAAGGUGUGUAGAUUUAUGACUUGUAUAGUACCAGAAAAUUGAGAUGGAUAGGGAUUCAACUAUAUACCCUAAGUAAAAUACAUUAAGUAAAACUUCAAUGUUUCGAGCGAAGGCCCUAAGUUAGUUGUAGUAUAUCGCAAUUACAACACCUUAAGAAACUGAAUAAAGAAUUUAUCUGUACAGUUUAGUUGUGAUUGGGUCAAAAGUUAAUGCUGUAUAAAAACGUGUACCACUUCAUCGCCUUUGAAAUAAAUAAAGUGAAAUGCGAAAACUUCAUAUUCCAUAGUAUUAAGUCUUUACUCUUGCUAACAUUAAUUUUCCAAGGUGCUGGAUAUGGUCGUGCUGAGAAGGAAAUAUGUAAGUUUGUAGAGAAAUUUGGAAUGCCAUUUCUACCUACACCCAUGGGGAAAGGCGUAAUUUCAGAUCAACAUCCACUAUAUGGUGGAUGUUGAUCUGAAAUUACGCCUUUCCCCAUGGGUGUAGGUAGAAAUGGCAUUCCAAAUUUCUCUACAAACUUACAUACAGCACGACCAUAUCCAGCACCUUGGAAAAUUAAUGUUAGCAAGAGUAAAGACUUAAUACUAUGGAAUAUGAAGUUUUCGCAUUUCACUUUAUUUAUUUCAAAGGCGAUGAAGUGGUACACGUUUUUAUAUUUUAUAUGUGUAGCGGCUGCAAGUUCAAGGUGAGAUUUUGUUCAGUCUUUUCAUUCGUUCAGUCUUCUCAUCAUUCCUUUAAUCCUUUCGUAAUACAGUAGUCAACAGUAGUCCAAUCUACUGUAUGAAGAUCAUGCGCAGUAGAGCACACUUUUAUCAGCUUGGCCAUAUAGAGUCUCUUUAUCAUGAUUGAGACUUUGGCUGAUCUUAUUAAAAUAAAGCAUAUACUGUAUGCCAGUUGUAACAAGAUACAAAAGAUGUAAAGCCAAAAUCUUAAGAAACGAAAAUGAAGCAGGCUACAAAGUACAAUACUUUCUGGAAGAGUGUCCUAUUAACUUGGAAGGAAAUGUUAGUAAAUUUUCUGUUUUCUAGAGCUUUGCUAAAAGCUGAUGUGAUAUUAUUACUUGGAGCGAGAUUGAAUUGGAUUCUUCAUUUUGGUCUUCCACCAAGAUUUAAUCCUCAAGUCAAACUUAUUCAGGUUGGAUAAAUUUUUGGGUCCUGAGUGUGCUGCGAUAGUUUGACUCACACCCAUCAAUUGUGAUCCAUGUAAGAUCUUUCAUUUUCGCCUAUUCCCAAAAUAUCACGAAUAUGCAAUGAUGAUGAACACGUGCAAACAAAUGUAACGAACAAGAAACAUGUGUUUUAUCUUUCUCGCCGCCCCCUGAUAUAAAACAUAUUUUUGUUUUUCUUGGGCAAUUCUCGCUUGCGUAAAGCAUAGAUGGAAAUGUAUGCAAACAGUUUUUUUCAAGGGGUAUAAUACACAGUAAUGAUAAUAGAGAGGUUCAGAUUUGACUUCCACUUCCUCUACCGCUAAGGGACAAUUAUGCAAUCAGGUGCGUGUGAUCUACCGGAUUAACCAUUCAAGUUCACACAGAGUAAGUGAGCAGUAGCGGUUGUGGAAGUCAAAUCUGAACCUCUCUAAUAUACCAAUACAACCUUUUGAUAAUUACAUCACAGAUCUCUACUUGGCCGAGGAGCCUCAAUUUCAUGAAUCGUCAGCGAAUUGCCUUUCGUCUUGAUUCUUGAGAGCAAGGCGCCGAGACCAAGGAAGUAAUCAUGACGUAAUCAUGACGUAAUUAUCGAAAUGGAUAUUAUAUCGUUAGGUUGAUAUAUCUCCAGAGGAACUUGGUAACAAUGUCAAGCCGACAGUUGCUUUGUUUGGUGAUUUAUCUUCAGUAAUGAAACAGGUAAGUUGUAUAUUCAUCAGUUUCAUGGACUCUAUAAAGAGGAGGUUACGAUGAACGAUACACUUGAGGGAUUACAGAGUCAACUACCUGAAAAUUAAUUAAGUAAGAACUUAAAUAAGUCAAUCAAAAUUUAAUCUUGCCUCUUAACUACUUUUCUACCACUCUUGUAGUUAAUACACGAUUUUGAUUGGUUAACUUUUGCACUAACUGUAGCUAACUUUAACUAUACCUUUGUUUACAGCCCGCCCCCGGACUUCCUGGUGAAAUUAAUCUAUGUAAGGUGGAUCACAGGGUGGAUAAAUAA